AUGAUUGCCGUUGCUGGAUUCGAUACAUGGGUUUGGCAUGCCUUCUUCGGAGUUGCCGGAUCUCAAAAUGACCUCAACGUGCUGGGUCAAUCCCCGAUUUUCAAUGAUGUUUUGAGAGGUGAAGGCCCAAAUAUCACAUAUCAAAUCAACAAUACCGUCUUCCAGACUGGGUAUUAUCUAGCAGACGACAUCUACCCGAGGUGGACCACAUUUGUCAAAUCAAUUCCGAAUCCCUUAUCCCAGAAGCAAAGAUUAUUUGCUUCAUAUCAAGAAGGAUACAGAAAAGAUGUCGAAAGGUGUUUUGGCAUCCUUCAAGCUCGGUGGUUGAUUAUUCGAGGUGCGGCGCAUAUGUUUGAUGGGGAGGUGUUGAGGAGCAUUAUGAUGACUUGCAUCAUCCUCCAUAAUAUGAUUAUGGAGGAUGAGUAUGAUUACGAUGUUGCAGAGGUCUACGAACCGGAUACCAUGAACAUGACAUUGACACGAAUUUAUGAAAGGCCCAUGGGGCCAAGUGGAGAACCAUUGGAGUAG